UUCUGUUGAGCUCAAAUGUGUAAAAGAGCACCAGGCUGUAAUGCCACCACCUCCGCUAUAAACACAACAGGACUGCUGGAAAUAUAAGGAACUUUCCCAGUGGCCUCAGUUCCUGUCAGCACCAACUACCAUGACGUGCCGGGACAUCCACGCCACCAAUGCUUUUUCCUUCAUCAUUGCCUUUGUGUCUGUGGGAGGGAUUGCUGUGGCAGCGUUUAUCCCACAGUGGCGUGUAACGAGACUGGUCACCUUCAAUCGCAAUGCUAAGAAUGUCAGCGUGUAUGAUGGGCUGUGGGCUAAAUGUGUGAAACAGGAUGGCUACUCAGGAUGUUACUACUAUGAUUCAGAGUGGUACUCUAAGGUGGAUCAACUGGACCUGCGGCUCCUGCAGUUCUGCCUGCCUGCAGGCAUGCUGUUUGGCUCUCUAGCCUUGCUGCUGUGCAUGGCUGGGAUGUGUAAAACCUGCUGCUGUUCAGACAAACCCGAACCAGACAUUAAAACCAUCCGAUUCCUGGUGAACAGUGCAGGCUGUCACCUGGUGGCCGGGAUGUUCUUGUUCCUGGGCGGAGCUAUCGCCAUCGCACCCUCAGUGUGGUUCCUUUUCCGUACCAAGGAGAUGAACAUCAAAUAUGACAACAUUUUCUCUGACGGCUUUGCUGUGUAUGUAUCCAUAGGCUGCUCUGGAGGACUGAUGCUGGCCUCCCUGCUGAUGUUCAUGUGGUACUGUAUGUGUAAGAAGUUGCCUUCACCCUUCUGGUUGCCCCUGCCUUCCAUGUCGACCUCUCUGUCCGCUCAGCCUCUCACUGCCAACGGAUAUCCCCCAUCCCCAGUUUAUGGUCCUCAGCCCUUCCCGCCACAGACCUAUGCUCCCACAGUGAUCGAUUCCCAGCCUUACAUAGCCGCUCAGGCCUACGCACAAAGUGUGGCCGCCCCUGCACCACCACAGGUGUACAUGUCUCAGAUUUCUGCUCCAGAUGGGUACGGGUCAGAGGUGGGAGGGACCCAGGCUUACAGCUACGCUCCCUCACAGAGCUAUGCUCCUUCUCAGGGCUACGCAUCCAGCUACGCCGGCCACCGCUACUCAUCCCGCUCACGGAUGUCUGCCAUAGAGAUCGACAUUCCCGUGCUGACACAGGGACAGUAAGAGAAGGGAGGCUGAUAACGUCAGCAUACUGAAGGCUUCUGUUUAUGUACCUCAAUGACUUUCGCCACUGAUAAAACUAAUAGAGUAUGAUAGAUGAACAUUAAUAAGAGCCAUUUACAGCCUGAGUGAUAGCUUCAAGAAUCCAGUUAGUCAGCCCAGGUCUGUAAAUUGCUGAUUAUGGAAGAUGAGAGCCUGUCAAAAGAACCUGGAGGUGCUAUAUGAAGGAUGAGGAUUUUCUGUACAACAAAUAUCACUACAGCACUGGUGCAAAUAACACUAUAUUUAGCUUAGUAUUGUAGAGCAUUUUAAACAUUUACUUUCAUUUACAGCCAGAAAUACUGAAAGACACCUCAACCAACCGGCCUGUUUCACAGUUUCACCAGCUGAGUGUGAAAGUGUUAGCUGAGCGCUAACGCUAAUUGGCUGCUCCUUGCCUGCUAGGAAACAGUAACUAGUAUUUGGUAUAUGGCUGAAUAUAAAUUCAUGCCCUACUUUAAAUUAAAUGAAGCGGUUACACUGGCUGCCAAAAUAACAGCAAGUUAUGAAAAUUAUGUUUUUCUGUUACUUUUGUAUGUUGUAUGAAUCACAAAUGAUUUGUCACUUUUCUGUGCACAGCUAACUUUAUGGAUCUGUUCUGUCAUGACUACUAAAAUAUUGUUUUUUGACUGGAUAACUACUAAAAGACCCACUUGUUUGUAUACUUCUGUGUCUGUUAUGUAACAGGAUUUGUUAAUGUGACAGUGCCCUGUGAAGAGCAGCUGUUAUAGUUUAUAAUGCACUAAUUAUGUGAAUACUGUGCCAGUUUACAUUGCCAUUAACUGUUUUUGUUUAUCGUAUUUUUUUUAAUGUAUGGCCUCUAACAUGAUACUUAAUCACUUAAUUGUAACAAGCUUCCACAUCGGUGUUUAUGGCACAAAAGAUGACACUAAGAAAUUUGUUAGCUUUGUUAAAUUGAAUGUACAGACGCAGAUUUUAUUGUUGUGUAGAACUACAUUUUUAUUAUGAAGCGCAGCAGAAAAGACAGGAUUAAGAACGCUGUUCACAUCUGCUCAACUUGUCUUUUGAAUGAUCAGCUGAUAAAUAAAAAGCAGUUGGUAUUUAACUUUUGCCAACCUAGCUAGAAGUGUAAUUUUGUGGUGGUAGUACUUGUUAUUAAGCCAAAAUUAACUUAUAGUUUAAUUUUUGCCUUUUCUAUAUUUUGCAUAAUGAGCACUGAUCAACAUUUCUUCAAAGUCUAAUAUGUUCGUCAUUUUCAUCUACAAUGUUGAGGUCAAUGAAAGAAACAUGUUUUUCUACACUGUCAUCUUAUUUGUUUGUAUUAAAUAUAAACUACAAUAUA